AGACUGUUCGAACCGUCCCUGAGCGCCCGCCCUCGUCUCCCGGCACCACUGGCCCUGCAGCAGCCAGCUGAGAAGGGCGGAGGCUGAUUCCAAUGAAGUGGCAGAACGUUAGGCGGCCUCUCCAAAAAGCCAGCUAUGUCGCCGUUAGCCAAGGUUUGAGGGUCUUCUCCUUCUCUUCGAGGGCCCAACCUCCCCUCCAGAUUUAGUACACCAGCGGCGUCGCAGCAACGGCUGCUGCCUGCGCGCCUCAGCUAGGCGGGCUCGGAUAUUUUUAAGUCCGCAUUGGAAAUCCCGGGCAUGCUCCCGCCGGCGGAGAAGGCCCAGACAAAAUGUGCGCCAAUCAGGAUACAGACUUGGAGGACGUUUACCCUCAGGACCAAUAAGAGGGAGGGCGGACCGGGCCAAGGGUGCCGGUUCGCUCUCUGGAUUUAAACCUCAGCGGUCGGCGGUUAACCGCAGGCUCGGCGCGUGGGCCGGCAGUGCGCCUGCGCAGGUUACGCGAAAGCUAACAGAAUCUGCGGUGCUCUGCUGGCGACUGGCAGGACGCGGUGCAGAGAGCGGACUUCCGCGACGCGGGUUUUUUUUUUUUUUUACUUGAAUGUAAAUACCAAUCAAGAUACAUUGGAAUAAGAAGGUCCUACAGUGUAGGGGAAGCAAUGGAAGAACUUCUACCUGAUGGACAAAUAUGGGCUAAUAUGGAUCCAGAAGAACGAAUGUUGGCAGCUGCUACAGCUUUUACCCACAUCUGUGCAGGGCAGGGUGAAGGAGAUGUCAGGAGAGAAGCCCAAUCUAUCCAAUAUGAUCCCUACAGUAAAGCUUCAGUAGCCCCAGGGAAGCGACCUGCUCUUCCUGUGCAACUACAGUACCCACAUGUAGAAAGUAAUGUCCCUUCAGAAACAGUCUCUGAGGCCUCCCAAAGACUCCGAAAGCCUUUGAAGAGAAAGGUGCUGCGCAGAAAGCCAGAUGGGGAAGUAUUAGUAACAGAUGAGUCGAUUAUCAGUGAAUCAGAAUCUGGUACAGAAAAUGAUCAGGAUCUCUGGGACUUAAGACAAAGGCUGAUGAAUGUACAGUUCCAGGAAGACAAGGAAUCUUCAUUUGAUGUUUCACAAAAAUUUAACCUACCACAUGAAUACCAAGGAAUUUCUCAAGAUCAGCUCAUUUGCUCUCUACAAAGAGAAGGAAUGGGCUCUCCAGCUUACGAACAAGACCUGAUUGUUGCCAGCAGACCUAAGUCCUUUAUUCUCCCAAAGCUGGACCAGUUAAGCCGAAACCGGGGCAAGACAGACCGGGUAGCCCGGUAUUUUGAGUACAAACGGGACUGGGACUCAAUACGUUUACCUGGUGAAGAUCAUAGGAAGGAAUUACGCUGGGGUGUCCGAGAGCAGAUGCUUUGUCGAGCAGAACCCCAAUCCAAACCUCAGCAUAUAUAUGUCCCAAACAAUUAUCUAGUACCAACAGAGAAGAAAAGGUCUGCACUCCGUUGGGGUGUUCGUUGUGACCUUGCAAAUGGUGUCAUACCCAGGAAGCUUCCCUUCCCUCUUUCUCCUUCUUAAAUCUUUUUAAACUUCUUUCACAGGAUUGUUUGAGAUAACCUAGCUCUUUAUAUCUUCCCUUUUAAAUAGAAACAACUGUCUUGAAAAGCUCUUCGAAACAUUUUAUGGUAAGGACUUCACCUAUCAUUGGUCUUUCCUAGCUAUAUAUCACAUUGGUAUCAGAUGAUACUUCCAAAUUGCCACUCAAAUCCAGCAAUUGCAAGAUAAAUCAUAUCAGAGAAAGAACAACAGACCUGGUCUUUCUAUUUUGUCAAAUUAGUAAGGGCCCUUUGUGUCCUGUAACUUUUUUUACCUAUCAGUAUGAGUUGCUGUGCUUCAAUGUGUGUUUUUUAAGUUGCUGGGCAUUACACUUACCAAUUAAAGAAUUUUGGAAAUUCA